UUUGACAGGGCUUGUCACUAUCAAGUUGACGCAUGACGCAGGACGCAGUCUGAUGUCGAGCGUUGGCGCAUAUCGAACGGCGUAUCAAUGCGUUUUGUUAUCGUGAAUACGAUUUACAUUCAUUUCAGAAAAAAUUUGAUAUGCAGAUAUCUUAUCAAUUUUGAUAAUGCAGUAAGAUGAGACUUUAUAAAACAAAUAGCUGUUUUGUUGUGUCGACUAAGCGUUUCCGGAAUACAUUUUUGAUCAAAUAACAUGAUUAUUGCGUGAAAUUUGCUAUGACAACAGAAGACACUACUUUAUAUUUAAAAAGAAAGAAAUAGACAAGAUUCUUUCAUAAGAAAUAUAUUGGAUUAUACUAAAAACUUUCACAUUUGGAUGAUCAAGGUUGUAUAUAGCCCAUUUCUUAUAUAAUACGCUUGAAGCCAACAUACGCAUCAAUUCUAGUAAAUUAUUCAGAAGCUUUCAUAUACUUCCAAUGACAAGCAGUAUUUACACCAUUUAGAGAUUUAAAUACAGUUUACUAAUAAAUUGUUGAAAAGAUUAUCUUCGAAGUUAAAACAAAAAUGGCCAGUGGCUGGAAAAUUUUUGGCUUGUUGCUAUACAAGGACUUGAUAGUACGCAAGAGACAUUGGCGUACAAUAUUAUUCUUACAAGCUUUUCUGCCUAUUGGAUUAUUUGCAUUAUUACAAGCUGUGAGAGAUUUUAGUGCUCAAACACCAAUUAAAAUAAAUGAAAGCACGUUUUAUUCUAUACAAACGCAAAAUGAUUUAAUGGAAAAACUUGAUAACGAUUUAAAUAAUAUUUAUUAUCUGCCAAGAAGUACAUAUACAGAUAAGAUUAUGGAGUCUGCCAGAAAUUGUCUCGGACUUGUAUCUGAAAGUAUGAAAGGUUUCUCUAAUGAGACUGAAAUGAUAGAUGCUUAUAUAGUUUCUCAAGCGCAAAAUCCAAUACUUUCUGUGGUAGCCAUUGUUUUUGAGCAAUAUAAUAAAAGUACUAUAAAGUACAAAAUUAGACAUUCCUGGAAUAUUCCAUACGAUUUAUACCAAACUGUAUUAGGUGAACAUAUGAGAGCAUCACCUAUAAUGUACUUUGAUAUGGUUCCAAUUGUGCAAGUUCAGAUGUGUGUAGAUGAAGCACUUAUAAAUCAAGCAGCAGCAAAUUCUAUGUCAAACAUAAAGAUGUCAAUACAAAGAAUGCCUUAUCCACCACACAUCAAAAUAGACACAGCUGAUGUAAUACUACGUGAAGUAAUUUGUACAUUUGCAGUUAUAGCUUUUGUAAUUCCACUUUGCAUAGAAGCCAAUUAUGCGUCAAAAGAAAAAUUUAUUGGUAUAAAUGUUUUAAUGGCAAUGAAUGGAGUCAAAUUAUCCUACAAUUUAUUAAGCUGGUUAAUUACAGGAAUAUUAUUCAGUAUUCUUUAUGUAGUGCCAAUAAUCAUAUUAUUUAAAAAUACUUUUUCUACAAAUGUUGAAGCCUACUUGCAAUAUGGAAAUGUAUUUAUAUUUUGGCUCGUAUUUACGGCACACAUUGGACAUCUUAUAACAUUUGGCAUGCACAUUGCAGCUUACUUUUCAAAACCACGUUUUGUGACAACUGCUUUAGCUAUUAUAUAUACGGCAGCAUUGUCGCUUCAUGAACAUAUGGCAAGGGAAGAAGAUUUUGGACUUAUAUCAUAUUUUGGUAUAAUAUUUCCAAAUAUUCUGCUGUAUAGAUUUCUUCAAGAAACAAAUGCACAUGAAAGCAAAUUAAUUGGUAUUCAAUGGAAUAAUAUUUUCGUUCCUGGAAACGAGGAAUAUGGCAUUGUAGGAAGUAUGGGCUUCAUAUUUCUCUUCUCAGUCUUGGGCGCUGUGAUACAUUUUACACUUGCGGUUUAUAUAAAUGCUAUAUUUCCCGGUAAAUACGGAGUUCGAAAAAGUCCAUUAUAUUUUUUGAAGUGUAUCAAAAAGAAUAAAAUAUCCCUAGAUGAAGAAGUUAUUGAGUUCGAUUAUGAUAAGAUAGCUAAUGAAGAUUUUGAACCAGUAUUAGGUGGUGCACUUACACCUGGAAUACAAAUACGUGAUCUUAAAAAAUCUUAUGUAACAUGUUGGCUACGAAAAUCUAAAGUUCAUGCACUGAAAGGAAUUUCUGUGGACUUUUACAAAGGACAAAUUACUGCUCUGCUUGGACAUAAUGGAGCAGGCAAAACCACACUUAUGUCUAUAUUAACAGGUGUGACAAGUGAGACAGAAGGAAAAGUAUUUAUAAAUGGCAAAAAUAUAAGAAGACAUCUACACAGUAUUAGAAAGGAUUUAGGUUUAUGUCCUCAAGAAAACAUGGUUUUUCCAGAUUUAAAUGUAUUUGAACAAAUAGAAUUUUUUGGUUUGUUGAAAGCUAAGAAUAAGACCAGGAAGGAAGUUAGGCAAGAUGUUUAUACUUUACUUGCUAAGCUGAAGCUUUCUGAAAAAAAAGAUUUUCUUCCUAGCAAAUUGUCCGGCGGUCAACAGAGAAGAUUGUGUCUUGGAAUGGCACUCAUUGGUGAUGCUGGCAUUAUAAUUUUGGAUGAACCGACAUCUGGAAUGGAUCCUGAAACUAGACGAGACACAUGGGACAUUAUAUUAAAACUUAGAGGAGAGAAAACAAUAUUGAUUAGUACACAUAAUAUGGAAGAGGCUGAUAUACUUGGUGAUAGAAUCGCGAUAGUACAUUCAGGUCGUCUUAGAAGUUAUGGCACUGCAAUGUUUUUGAAAAAACAAUAUGGUCAUGGUCAUAUAGAAGUUACUUUAUCAACAAAGUCUUGGUGCGUUCCUGAAAAAGUAAUAAGUAAAUUUGAUUUGAGGACCCAACAACUUUGCGUUGAUACUGAAAAGAUUGUUUUAAAUGUGCCAUAUACAGAUUCUUUGCCACAAUCACUAGAUAAAGUAGAAAGUGAAAAGAAAAAAUUAGGGGUUACUGGAAUAAGCGUGUCAUUGAUUACUUUAGAACAAGUUUUUCUAAAAAUUGUGAAGAAAGAAGAUAAUGGAAGACAUCUUAAUGAAUUAUUUACAGCGCCAUUAGGCAAAGUUACAGGGACUAUGCUAUGUAUGCAAUCAAUACUGGCAUUACUUGCCAAGAAAUUCACAUAUACAAGGAAGAAUAUAACUACUUUAUUGAUGAUUAUAAUUUUUCCUAUCUUGUCGGUGCUUUUAAUGGCUUUAAGUUACAAUUUACCAAACGAUUCCACAGAUAUUGUUCCAUUAAAUCUUGGCAUGUACAGAUAUCCGAAAGUUUUAUAUUCGUCACACGAUAACAUAAUUGGUCAAAAAUACGGAGAUGUUGCUCGGUAUUUCGGCCAAGCAGAACGCGUAGCGGAUACAAGUAUUACAAAUGCUCUUCUGAUUUUUUCUAUGGCGGAUAUCGCGGAAUAUCGUAACAAUCUUAUCGUAUCUGCCGAAUUUAAUGCCACUGAAAAUAGCACGAUAUUGGCUAACGGUUUUUAUUCUGGCAUAGCACUCCAUAGUGUGCCAUUAACAGUGAAUCUUUUGAGUAAUACAUUCAUCAAGACUUUUGCUAGUGAUCAACACUCGAUUCUUAUAUCCAGGCAACAAUUACCGAAUACACUUGUUUCGAGUAAACUAGAAGCGCCAGAAGCAGAGUCGCUCUCACGCGUAUUAAUAUUCUGUUCGUUUUUCUUUCCCACUGUGGCGUUGUUCGUUGUGCAUCCUCUGCAGGAAACAAUUACGAAAGUUAAACAACUUCAACGUAUGACUGGUGUCACAUCGCUAUCAUACUGGGGUACAAUGUUUGUUUUUGAUCUUCUAUUGUAUACAGUGUGCAUACUGCUGAUUACCUUGGCAUUCUACAUUAUGGAUAUUAUCCUUGAUCUUCGUCUAUAUUAUAGAACAGAGAUAUUAUGUACGAUAUUGAUCCUGCAAUUGUUUGGUAUUAAUGUUUUAUUUAUCGUCUACAUAUUCAGUUUUAUGAAUAAAUCAAGAAGUACAAUAAUAACCAUUUUGGGUCUUGCACCUCUUGGUCUUGCUGUAAUACAGUAUCUCUUACAUCAAGUAAUACACAAUUUUGACUGGCUUAACCCGCUACACAUUAUACAGAAGAGCAUCUUCCAUCUAAUUCCUUAUAUAAGUUUAUUCCAUGGUCAGCUAUCCUUUUUCAACAUAGCUGUACAAAAUGCAAGAUGUCGUCGUCUACCAAAUAGACUUCAGGAUAUAGUUUGUCUUAUACCCGGCGAUUUUUGUUGUGGUUUGGAUUGUGCUGAUGGAGUUUGCAAAAAACAACUGCCUUAUUUUAAAGACUUUAAGGAUGAUAUAAAUUUCGAAGAAAGUAUAAUAUAUUUAUCUAUAACACCAAUUUUGUAUUUUGCUAUAUUGAUUAUGAUAGAGGAAAAAAUAUUUUUGAAAUUAUAUGCGAAGAUUGGCACAAAGCCAAAAAGUGAAUUAGAAAACAUGGACGAUCAAGUGAAGAAAGAGAAACUUGCUGUAGCAUUAGAAAUUAAUAAAAUUAACAGUCAAAAUGUAAAUGUUACGAAACAAGAAUUCAAAACAGAUACUACAGAUGCUAAUAAUUCCGAAUUAAUACAAAGUCCAGUAAGCGAAGAUAAUAGCCUUUUUUUAGUGUACGAAUUAAACAAAUAUUAUGGAACACUAGUGGCUGUGAAUGAGAUAAGUUUUCGAGUGAAACCGCGGGAAUGUUUCGGAUUGCUUGGCGUAAAUGGUGCUGGGAAGAGUACAACUUUCCGAAUGCUAACUGGGGAAGAAAUUCCUGACAGCGGCAUAAUGUACUUAGGCCGAGCGGAAAUUUUUAAGAAUAGGAAGAAGUAUCUUUCUGAAAUGGGAUAUUGUCCACAAACCGAUGCUUUAAUGCCAUCCUUGAACGCUUUCGACCAUUUACGAUUGUUCGCUCGCCUUCGCGGCAUACCAAAGUCCAAUGUGGAAUUGGAAGUUAACAAAUGGAUUAAUAGACUGAAUUUAACUGCUUGCAUGAUGCAGCCAAGCGGUACUUACAGUGGUGGGAACAAGAGACGCUUAAACAUUGCGAUGGCUCUAAUUGGUAAUCCUACUCUUGUUCUCCUAGACGAACCUACAACUGGUGUUGAUCCUGCAGCUAGAAGAUCGCUAUGGAAUACUUUGCAAGCAUGCCAAGCAGCAGGACAAGCCAUUAUACUUACAUCUCAUAGCAUGGAAGAAUGUGAAGCACUUUGCAAUCGACUAGUCAUUAUGGUGAAAGGUGAAUUGGUCUGUGUUGGUCCAAGUCAGGAAUUGAAACAACGAUUUGGGGCGGGCUAUGAUAUUCAUAUAAAAUUAAAUCCUGGCCGAUCAGACGAGGAUGUUGAAAAUAUUAAGAUGAUCAUUGAAUCUACUUUAACAUGCGACAUAAGAGACGAUAAUUUGGGUCUUCUCGCCUACCAUGUAACUGAUUGUAACACAACGUGGGAAAAAAUGUAUGAUACAAUGAAAAACCUUAAGCAAAGAUAUAGCUGCAUUGAGGAUUAUGCUGUUUUAUCUGCAACUUUAGAGCAACUCUUUAUUCAGUUUGCAAGAGGUGUUGAAAUGCCUAAAAGGUCUUCAACUUACAUUACUAGUCAUGAAGAAGUCUAA